GACCUGCCCUAUUCCCGCCAUUCUUUCCCCGCGCCUCCCCAUCUGGUCCGGGUUAAGGUGCUAAGUGAAAAGUCGUGAGAAUGUGAGACGGAAGCCGCACAGGCUACACAGCUCUCUACUUCGCGUGGCAGCGCGGCGGAUCGUCUUGUGUCUUGGCGCGUACUCGGCAGACUAGAGGGAGGCAACUGGUCAAGAGACCAAACAUGGCGAGAGUACUCCUGAUGCUGGUGCUGGCUGCAGUCCAGACGUUAGCGGAGGAGGACCUGUUCGCGGGGCUGGACGGGGAGCUGGCCGGGUUCCUGGAUGACGCUAACAGGAUCACCCUGAGCGGCGUGACGGGCGAGCUGCCCGGGGAGGAGGAUCACGUGGUUCUGCAGUGUGACGUCAUGAGUGACGACAAGGACUUCCCAGAAAAGACCGGCGGGAACUGGACACGGGCCGCCGCUGCCUUCGCCAGUCACCUGAUCAUCCAGAUGCCGCAAAGCGACGAGAAGAAGGCGGAAGUGAUCCAGGAGGGUAAGGAGGAGAUAAUCGGUGAGCAGCUGGCGUGGCUGCAGCAGCACGACCAGAUCAACCAGCAGCAGAGCUCCAUCCUGGAGAGGAAGGCUAAACUCAAGACUCUGUACGGAGACAUGGAGGAACUACUCAAGCUCCAGACAUCCCGGGUACAGACGUACAUGGACAGGAUCAAACAGUCAGACCAGUGUGAGGGGCAGUGUGAGCACCAACAGUUCUGUGCUCUCAAUGUCGACUCAGGGAAGUACGGAUGUGUGCCCUGCAGCGAAUGUAGACCUGGCUUCAAGGAAGUGUCUCAAUGUACAAAGGCUCGAGAUGUCCGCUGUGAGGACCUCAAUGAGUGCGCGCUGGGGACCGUCAGAUGCCCCCCUCCCACCACCUGCGUCAACACCCUGGGCAGCGCUCUGUGUGUGGAGGGGUUCACCCCCUGCAAGAAGACCGAGUACUUCGACAUCGCCACCGAGGAGUGCCGAACGUGCACGAAGUGUAAGUCGGCGGCCGACAUCGCCCGACCGUGCACGGAGUUCUACGACCAGAUCUGCUCCGUCAGUGCCUUCUCGACGCUCGCCUACUUCUGGUUUGGGAACACGUUUAACGUACAGGAAAUCAUCUCAAGUCUGAGAGAAGCUGCUCUGUUCACGCUCGCCAGGGGGAGCUACCGAAAUCUUGAUCAGAAGCUUCCCCUGAAGUCCGGAGCGCCCAACAACGAGGUCUUCGUCUCCGGCCACGUCACGGACCGGGUGGAGGUGAACAAGGAAGGCAUUUUGUGGGUGGACUACAACUUUGCCAUGAAGCAUUCUUGUCGCAAGUUUGUGCAGAUGACCAUAAAGACUAAGGGGAGUGGGGACAUGGCGUCAGCUAGGAUACAGGACACGGACGGAAAACUGUACCAGAGUGCUCUGCUGAGCGGAGCGAUACAACUGGAACCCAAGAGUGAACUGACCCUGGAGAUCCAGAACCGCUUCUGUUUCCUGCCGUCUGUAGCCGUCCGCCCGCUCAGGAACACCAGGCUGAAGGAACUGUCCAAACUGGCUGGGCCUCUCAGCGUCCUCUGGCUGUCACCUGAGCUUGGAGCCGUUACUGCGCGUGCGUACACCCGCCUCCACACCUGGUACAGAACAUGGCGGGUCUUCCUCGAUUACCCAGAAUCCUCGGACAACUUCGUUGUCAAGUUGCUGAACAACCAUCUCUUCAGGUUUAGCAGAGACGGAAUUGUGAAGUUUUCCUUCACACAAGCAGUCUACUCCGUCAACCUGGGCGGUCAGAAGCCCUGCACACAUCAAGGUCUGACGGUGUCGCCCAAGAUUGAACGAAGCAGCCAAAACGUGACCAUCUUCAAACGGUUCCACAAGGGCGUGACCCGGAAGUACACCACCAUCGAGGCUUCCGGUGUGGUCCCAGUCAAGGAGGGAGAGGUUCUGUACUUUGAUGUGGAGACAAUGCUGGGAUGCCAGACGUGGUACUUUGGCGCCACGAGAGAAGAAGACAAAAACGGCAUCGGUGUUGCCAACGUGCUGUGGGUCCCCACUGAGUUCGCGGCGUCCUUCCGGGCAGAGCUGGUACCGGACAUCGACUGGUCCCACAACGAGACGGAGCUACAGUUCCACUACAUCACCACCAGCCGAGCAGACGUGUUUGAGCUGGAGGACGGCAGUCAUCUGAUGUUCAAGAAAUCUGGACACGCCAACAUCAACUUCUACAUGAAGAUGCAGCACUCCUGCGACUACAUCAAACUCAUAGCCUUCUACUACACUGUGGACAGUAAAAAGGCAGUAGCUGUCGCACAACAGGUCCUCGGGAACACCCAGGGCAUGUGGGACGGCGUGGCGCUCAGCAGCUCACACAAGGUGGAGGAGGGUUCCCGGAUGUACCUGAAGCUGUUCUGUGUGAGCGGGAAGGUGGAGAGGGUGGCCUGGGAGUGGAACACGCUGUCUGUCAUAUUGUGUGGAUUGAUGCUUUCUUUGGAGGAUUCUGAGCUGAAGUUCCCCUCUAACCUGGAGGAGCUGCGCUGGUUGGCUGCUCUGCUGCAGAAGUACUGCCAUGACCACUGGGACUACGUCUGGCUCCUGUUCUGUAGUGCCUACCUGUACAAACAGACCUGGGCCAUACCCGGAUCUGUCUUCUUGAAUAUUUUAGCAGGAGCGUUGUUUGGUCCUUGGUUUGGGUUUCCCCUGGUAUGUGUUCUGUCGGCCACUGGUGCCACAUGCUGCUACCUCAUCUCCAAAACCUUCGGGCAUCGACUUGUUGUCAAGUAUUUUCCAGAUAAAGUAGAGAGUCUGCAUUCCGUGGUUGAAGAGAACCUGCCCAGCCUGUUUUUCCUCUUGCUGUUCCUGAGACUGUUUCCGAUGACUCCCAACUGGUUCCUCAACAUCUCCUCACCCAUAGUGGGCGUGCCAAUCGUGCAAUUUUUCUUCUCUGUUUUAAUAGGGUUGAUGCCAUACAACUUCGUCUGUGUACAAACCGGAGGAAUUCUGUCCACCAUAAAGUCCAUUGAUGAUGUUUUUAGUGCCAAGAUCAUAAUGCAAAUGUUGGGAGCAGCCGUGGUGGCUCUCCUCCCUGGUAUCUUCCUCAAGUUGUACAAGCCUAAACUUAAGACAAGCUAAGAUGCUCAGAUAUGGUCACACUGCACACACUAAAGCACUAAAACUGAGAAACUUAGAACUACUGAGCUAAAAUGCUUUAAAAAGUUAGAGUUUGUAAGUGAGUGUUGAAAGCCCAGUGCUCAAAAUCUUUUUUUUCUGCCUACUUACACUAAGCAGGUAACACUUCUCAAGUCAAAGGUGAACAUACAUCUAUCAAUGAUAGCAUAAUGUAACCUAAAACAUCUGAGUAGCUUACAAACCUUGUUUUGUGGUAACCUAAAAUAACUGCACCAGAUACUAGUAAUACAGAAGUACCUGCACUGACCUCCAUGUGCAAUUGCAUACCUCCAUAUAUAUACUAUGACAGAAAUAUCAUGACAACCCCUUUAAAAUGGGAAUUAAAGUUUCUCUGCAAUAGGUAAUUAAAAAUCCAAAUUGUGAAAUGGGAAUUUUGAUAGAGACUUUUCAAUUUCAACAAUCCCCCAACCAAGAUUAUGAGCUGUUGAGCAGUUAGUUAGGCUGGGGUAAGGGUAUGGUGACCAAUGUUAUUGUGCUCAAUUGUUUAUUUUAAUCAUGAUAAAGGGAAUCUUUCUAAAAUUCAGAUAUCAUUUAGAAACAUGGUAGUUGGUGCAAAAUGUCAAGUACUAAAAUGUUAAUGGCUUUAAAGGUUUCUCAGUGAGUGCUGUAAUGAAAGUAUUUCAUGGAUAGUUAAUUCUUUCCAUAGAUAACUCAUAGAACUUAGAACUCCUAGGGGCCAAUGGUGCACUUUUAAUUAACUCACAUCCUGCACUACAGCUUUUUACUAUUUAGUAUGCUCUCUUGGUCACAAAUGUCAAGUAUGUUGGAAAUUCUUUCACCUAGAAACUAGCUAUUAUAACAACUAAAAAGGGGAGCGAACGAGAGUCAUACUUUAAAGGUUAGUAUGUGUGCUGACAUUUUGACCAUUACCCAUAGGGAUUCAUUUUGCUGCUACCGUUUUUUGACACUUAGAAAUAAUUAGGAAGAUAUCUCAGUACAUCUGCGUCUUUUCUGUUCGUAUAUAGGAUUAUAUAUAGAAUAUAGGAUUCAGUGACAAGUUCAAUAACAUAUGAUAUGAGCUUUUAAAAGUGUCACCAAGCAUUCCAGGAACUGUAGGGAUAAUAGAACUUUCAUGAAUCAGAAUCAUCAAGGAAUAAAUGAAGAUGUGAUUGGCUUGUGGCUGUCUCAAAAUGAUUAGGAAAGAUGCCUUUUAUGAUUAUUUUAGCUUUGUUAUACGCGAUAAGCACUGUGAGAAAAAACACUUCAUUGGAACGCCUUUAGUAGUUGUGAGAAGAGGAAAAUUCUGUAAAUAAUGGUUCUAGACAAUUUGGUCUGUUUGCAUUCCAGGUAAAGUUAAGUUUCUGUGUUGAGUUUAUCACGUUACCUCAAUCUUUUAACAAUACUAGUACACAGUUGUUGUUUUUUUAUCUUCAAACAUAUGUCAGGUCAUUAUCAGUGCAAUGUAUAUUUA